UAUUUUCAUCUCGCUUGCUUAUAAAAGUAAAUGAUAUGUCUAAUCAUUUCAUUCAGUUAUGUAAACUACGGAGUUUAUAUGUCGCACAUUUGUUAUAAAAAUAUUUAGGUACGUAUUAUAAAAAAAUACAAAUAUUUUCUUUCAUUUACUAAUUGAGUUAUGGCUAUAAAAUCAAGUUGAAACAUUUGAUUAAAAUACCUACUAUCAAUAAGUUGUAGUACGGUGGAUGGUCCUAUGCUUCGCAUCGAAAAUUAACAAUAUUGUUCCGCCACCUUUUUAUUGUCCUUCUCCUUAUUUUGACGACCGGUCUGGCCAAUUGGACAGUGAGUGUAGUGACCCUGGCUAUGAAGCCGAUGGUCCUUGGUUCGAAUACCGGUAAGGGCAUUUAUUUGUGUAAUGUGCACAGAUAUCGUUCCUGAGUCAUGGAUGUUUUCCAUGUAUGUAUUUAAGUAUUUGUAUAUUAUAUAGAUGUCCUAAGUACCCACAACACAAGCCUUCUGGAGCUUACCGUGGGGCUUAGUCAAUUUGUGUAAGAAUGUCUCUAUAUUAUUUAUUUAUCUUAUCGUUUCCCCAGUAGCUAGAGGAGCCUGGGGUCGGAUUAUGCAACCUAAUUACAAGAAUUAGCACAGGCAAUGAUAUUUGCGAAAGCGAUUGCCAUCAGAGCUUCCAGCCCAGGAAGGAAUCUAGCCAUUAUUAAAUUUUCGAUCACCAGAAACACUGGUAAAUAUCAAAUGAUAUUUAGUACAUCAAUUCAAGAAUUGUUUUGAGCGAGGCUUCGAAUCUCAAUAAAAAAUAUAUUUAGGCAAAUAAUUAUUAGUUAGAUCUAUUUACCGCUCAGCUCCGUAUUUGAGCUUUAAAAUUGAAACUUAUAAUCCGGCUCAUCUUGAUGAAUGUCGAAAAUAGAUUUAGGUAAGUAUGUUGUACCUACCUUGACUUCUUAGGAUAGUAACUAUCUACUACUGUUUGUUUUGUUGUCUGUCUAUUACUGUUUGUGUGUUUAUGAAUAAAACAAAUUCUAUUCUAUUCUAUUCUAAAUACUACGCUCAAGAUUUUGUGAGAUAAACGGAACAGAUUUCAUGUUUGUGUAGUGUGCACCCCAUUUUAACUAAAAAAACGUUACAUAUUUCGCUCGAUCAUAAAAUUAUACCUUAGAAUAUAAUCAAAAUCAAAAAAUAUAUUUCAGUUUUAUCUUGCUUAUAUGAAUUUGGCCAAAAAAUGGUAUGAAUGAAUACUGUAGGUACUUUGGUCAAUGUUUGGUCAUAAUUAGCAGGCCGUAGUUGUUCUUCCAGUGCCUACAUUUGGAGGGUUAGGCAACCAUUUUGCACAACAUUAGGCAGUGUAUCGCCAGCACCAACGUGCCACUUAUAGUCUCUCCAUCGAUCUGAAUUCAUCCAGUUCGUGUCCCGCUGUAACCUUUACCAUACACACUAUACAGGCCGCUUGUGUCGCGCGCAGUAUGAUACAAUCUUGUCUACUUAUAUCUAAUCUUUUCACAAAUAAAUUAAUUACCUAGAUCUUAUCAAUUGAAUAGUGAAGAUAGAGAUCGUAAACUAGUGAUAAAAUAAAUCAAUAACAAGUUAUCGGAAUUGAUUUAUAUAGGUACCUAAUAUGAAAAAUUUGGGGAUUAAAUAACUAAAUAUUGUUUUAAGGUCACAGUAAAAAUAAUUUGAAUGAAUUAAAUUUAAACUACGAUGUGGCGAGCUGUUCUAUGUUCUAGUGCAAUUAUUUUAAUUUUGGUGAGUCAUCUCGAAACAGCUCCAGUUUACCCGCACUCAGCGCGUGGGCCGCGGUACACAGUGAAUAAUGGGCACGAGACGGCCAGGCCGUACGUGGAGGUGCGGAACGGGACGUACCACGGCAGCGGACCGCGCGAGGAGGCGCGUGCCAUGUGCUCGGUGAAGACGCUGGAGGUGAACGCCACUGCCAACGCUACCAUCACCAGGAGGCUACAUGGAGUCGUCACUUCAAGAGAGCUGCACAGCUCGAUUCAGCGGCUAGAGGUGAUCAUAUACGGGCAGAUGCAACAGCUGUGGCAGAGCCUGGACGCUUUGCGCGCGCAGCUGGGCGCGCGCGAGCCACUCCCGGACCGCCGGAGCGUCGUGUUCCGGUUGAAGCCGGAAGGGUAGGCCGCCAUUGGUGCAAUGAUAUACUGUGUCCGGUAUAGGUAAACACAUGAUAGGUCAGGCGCGUCAGUGACGUGCGCUACUAACUUAUGUUGCCUGAGUUGUAUUACUACUAUCGUGAAUUUUCUAGUGUAAAACUAAAUAUUAGGCUAAUUUAUUGCUAAGAGAUAACGAUAUGGGAAUGGUUGCAUAGGUUAAACAAUAAUAUUUUUUGCACGAGUAACUACAAAAUCUUUCUAAUGGCAGGUUGCACCACGAAUUUUAUACCAAGAUAUUAAGAGGAAAGGGGACGACCACUUCUCCAUACAAACGUAAUGUAAUCCUCAUUUCCUUCCCUGGAUAUUAACAUUAUUGAAAAUAUUACAAUUGUAUGUAUAUGAACAACAACAUUGCCCCUUAGUUUGAUUUUUUUUCGAAUUUAUAAUUGUUUUAAGAGUUAGUAACAUAGGAACUUUUCAAAAAUUGCACAGAAACUACGUUUGUAUGAAAGGCGGUUCCAGGGCGGUCGUCCACUUAAAUAAUAUAGCGCCGGCAGUCAUUCCUUAGAGAAUUGCCCAAAUUACGACUACGAACUGCGAAUCAACUGUCAUCAAGAGCGAAAUAGGAAUUUACAGUUUUUAAAAGAGAAUAUAAUGAAUAGAAUCAGGCGUUAGUUUGCGGAAAUCCAUACUAAUUAAAACAAAAAAAA